CACGACCUCUCCUGAACCAUCCCAUACCGCCAGAAUGGGCUACAUACGCCAGGACGCCUUGCCGCGUCUCAAAGAGUACAAGUACUCGGGCGUGGACCACAGCCUUCUCUCGCGAUAUGUUCUCAAGCCAUAUUGGUGGAAUCAGGUCAUCAAGCUCUUUCCGCUCUCCAUGGCCCCCAAUGCCAUCACCUUGACCGGAUUUGGAUUCGUGGUCGCCAAUGUCUUGACAAUGCUCUACUAUUCACCCACCCUCGACCAAGAAUGCCCAUCGUGGGUCUACGCGUCUUGGUCUCUCGGCCUCUUCAUCUACCAAACUCUAGAUGCCAUUGAUGGAACCCAGGCGCGUCGGACCCGUCAGAGUGGGCCUCUCGGCGAGCUCUUCGAUCACGGUGUGGAUGCCGUAAAUACCAGCCUCGAGGUGCUCCUCUUCGCAGCUGCCAUGCAAUUUGGCCAAGGCUGGAAGACUGUGCUCGUCCUAUUCGCCAGCCUGUUGACUUUCUACGUACAGACUUGGGACGAGUACCACACCAAGACACUGACGCUGGGAUUCAUAUCGGGACCAGUCGAAGGUAUCCUCACCCUCAGCAUUGUCUACGGCAUAACAGCUUUUACUGGUGGGAGUUAUUGGCGGCAGCCAAUGCUCUAUGCUCUGGGUGUGCCACAAUACAAUCUGCUGCCCCGCAUUGCGUACGAGAUGGACUUUGGCGAUUUCUAUCUGGUCUAUGGCGGCAUCGUUCUCGUCCCUUCUGUCAUUGGCAGCGCUUUGAACGUGAUGGAAGCUAGACGGAAGCGUGGGGAGCGCACACGGGUGGCUCUCCUUGGACUGCUACCAUUCUUCGGCACCUGGACUCUGAUUGCCGCUUAUCUGGCACUACAGCCCAUCAUCCUCCGAGAGCACAUCGUGCCGUUUGUACUGUACGCUGGAAUGGUCAACGCUUACAGUGUCGGUCAGAUGAUUACAGCUCAUCUGACAAAGUCGCCGUUUCCAUACCAGAACGUGCUGGCACUGCCGCUCGCGUACGGAGUCAUUGACUCCAUCGGACCAGUUCUCCUCCAAAACAUUGGCAUUGGAUGGUAUAGCUCUCUCGGUAACGGUGUCUACCAGGUGGCAUUUCUCUUCACGUGCGUGGGACUUGCUUUUGGCGUCUACGGCAGCUUCGUUGUGGAUGUGAUAGUCGAUAUUUGUGACUACCUCGACAUUUGGUGUCUGACUAUCAAGCAUCCAUAUACCGAGGAGACUGAAGAGACCAACCAGAAGCAUGUCAAUGAGAAGAAGGCGGCCUAGAUAUACGGGCUUGUUGCUCACAUGACCACUUUCCAGAAUUCGACAACGUUUCCCGGCCGAGCUUUUACCUCAUGAGUGGUCACCUGCGCCUGGAUUAGAGGCUUACUGCGCAUGAUUUAGACGACAUAGAUAACGAUAGCCCUCCCCCGCAUACAAGCAACACUACCAAAUUUAAGGCCCGUACCUCUUUCUCCUCUAGGUUCAGCAAUAACGUGGACGACUCGGGCAUCAUCACUGCUCGGCCGUGUCAGGACGACUUGAUUCACGAAAAAAUGGCAAGUCUUCCGCCAUGUCUCGUGUCCUAGUGCACUUGACCUGCUUUGAGGACUAUCGGAAGGUAUCUGGAACUGAUGCGAAGCUCAGUCUGACACCCUUUUCCUUAUUAUUGGCUCUAUCAAGGACUUUGUCUUUUCUCAAAGAGCACCCGAGACGAAGCUACGACAUCCGCCUGGGAUACCGGUAUUCUACCAGAAUCCGACUGGUGUUCAGACACCAGAGGGCAGAUCAGGCAGCUUGAGUCAUAUUUCCACAUUACAACCGCGAUCAGAGAAGCUAGAGCAGAAGCUAUAGAUCUUCAACAACCCGAUGAACAGAAGAUGGCGGGCUAUGUGUGCUUGUAUGAUGGUGAUGGACUCCCGGCGCUCCACAUUUGAGCAGGCUUAUGAGCUGUUGGCAUGCAAGGCUACUAUUUCAGACCAACAAAGUGCAAGUGAAGAAAGAUCCGCGAACCUCCGCUUCUUAAUCACUGAUACCAUGCCAGACGAGCUGUACCAACAUAGCUGACUGUGAACGCAGACACAUUUCUGACCAAUGUCCCACCAUGACUCCAUCCCGGGUGCAACUUCUCUGCAUGUAUAAAUAGCCAAGCAUGUGUCAGAUGAGGCAACCGCAUCGCUGAACAAGCAACAACGGGAAUGUCGGCCUAUGCAUGCGGCAUGCCCACUGUUUGACAUGACGAUGCCGACAGACUGCUUAUCUGAGCAUGGAUUCUCCAGACCUCGGGAGGUUCCAACUUUACGCAUGCGAUAAGCAGGGUUGCCAUGGCAUCAAUCAUAUAUAUAAAUCGUUGGUUCCCCUCAAUGAACUCGAAUUGAUCCAGCAGCACGAAAACAAUACCUCCCAUCAACAUCACUCAAGUACAUAUUCCGACGUCAAGACACCUCACAAGACCCUUGCAGCCACCAACAAUGUCCACCACCUACCUCAUCUCCGGCACGACACGCGGCAUUGGCCGUGGCCUCGUCUCUGCACUUCUACUUCGACCCAACACCCUCGUCUUUGCUGGAGUCCGUGACCCCAGCGCGAAAGCUGCCCAAGACCUCCUCUCUCUACCCAAAGCACCCGACAGCUCCGUCUUCCUCAUCAAGCUCGACUCAUCAAGCGAAAGUGACGCAGCCCAAGCCAUCCAAACCCUCCAACAAGAGCACAACAUCACCCACCUCGACGUCGUCAUCGCCAACGCCGGCAUCCUCACCACCGCCGCCCCCUG